UGUGAGCCAGUGUGGUUGGUGAGACGCAGUCGAAGAUCAUUAGAGAGUUGUUCCAAUUCAUCAGCUGAAUUCUUUUCGUUCGCUUCCACAAAGUCUAGACGCAAUCGAUCAAGACCUGGUAGUACCCAGGACAUCAUGGCGUCCUCCGUGCUCAAACGGAAUGCAGCGUUGGAAAAUACGGAGAUUAAACGCUGUCCAAGACGAGUUCUUUGUUCCAAAUCAGGUAUCAUAUUAUUGAUUUCCGUCAAUCGGUAAAGCCAUCGUAGAAUUUUUCCAUCACGGAAGUCUUCAGGACAGGUGGGGAAGAGUCGAUUUACCACUUGCAGGAGACCAAUGACCAACGUCUCCCAGUGUUGCUGUUGAACCAAGAAUUGGACAACAGAAGAAUCCAACGCGGUCGUUUGUCCUUCUCCACUCACCAUGACCAUCAACCGCUCUAUCAGAGCUAGCACCAGGAAUCCGGGAUGCGUGUUUAUUCUGCAAUUUAGAGAAUGUUGACGACGCCAAAUCGUUCGAAGUGACGUUUGCAUUGGAUGCGGCGGCGGCGGCGGCGGUGGUGGUGGCAUCAAAGUCAACAGCAUCAGCGAGGUAGGCCAUUAGGGUGUAGAAAAUGUUGCUGGCUGUUCGACGGACAGCUGGGUCGGCACAAGAAGCACAGGACCGAAGUGCUGGAAGAAUCACUUCAUGGGCUAUCAAAACAGCAUCCUCACUGUGACAGAGGACCAUAAUUGCUGCUCGAACGCCAUGCAAGGAGCAGGAAUCUCUUGAAUGCAGAAAAAGAGCAUUCGCAAUCAGCAUUUUCACCUUAUUGAACUCUGAUUUCAACUUUGUGGCUGCUAGCAUGUAACAAUAGCCAGCAAAAACUCCAGACGGAAGGGCCUUCAGAUUGAAUUCAAAAUAGCCCUGUGUACUGCGCUGCAUAAGGAGAGUAUGAAACGGUUCGGCGAAAUAAUUCUGUACAGCAGCGGCACCGAAUGUCUUUCCAUAUAAGGCGGCAUAAAGGCAGAGCUCCUUGCAUAGAGAGAGUACGGGGGAUGUUGACGGAAGUCCCCAAGGCGCACAGUAAUUUUCCUCAAGAAAGAUCUUCAUUAGAUCGCAAAAUUCCCGAGGCGAAAUUGGAUCCUGCUCAAGGUACUCGUGUGUUGUCGUAUUGUCUGUGGUUUCAAUCGAAGAAGAAGAGUUUGGCCUUGGUGAAAUGGCUCGCAACAUUUGGGCAAUACAAAGCAGAUGUUUGCUGCGCAAUUCAUCCAUAGCUGGCCACUCCUCUUUUAAUUCAGGUAAGGCAAUGGUAACCGGUUCGGAUAAUUCUAGCACUCCUCCUUCUUCAGUUUCCGUCGAUUUCUCAUCUUCCUCUUCCUCACCACCAGAGGAAUUUGGUUUCGCAUUCCUGCGUUUCUUAGACCGCUUUUGUGUGACUUUAUUACCACCACUCAAGAGGAAAUCGAAAGAAUUCACCAGCUGCUCGUAACACCUCUUGCCAAGUAUAUAUUGAAGUGA